CACCGACCAACAUUAGUUCACGUGGACGGAAAAUUUCUUCACUCGAUUCACUCAUUUUCACUAUUGCACCAAUCUCCAAACCUCCAUGCUGCAACCUUACACCACCACACACUAGAUCCCCACCCUUCCUCUUCCAUACAUAUUUAUACCACGAAAAUUUUCGUGCGAGAAUGCGCUAACAUAUUGCGAUAAAAUCGAUGCAAUUCAGUGAAAAUGGACCUCAAACAAGAAGUAGUAGAGUUUCUCGGAUGCGUUCCUCUACUACAGAGGCUACCUAGUUCGUCUAUAAAGAAGAUAUCAGAACUUGUGGUUGUUAAACACUAUGAGCGAGGGGAGUAUGUUGCACGUGAGGAUGAACCAGGAGAUGGAACUUACUUCAUAUGGGAUGGAGAGGCUGAGGUUGUUGGAUCUGUUAGUGCCCAUGAUGAAAAUCGUCCAGAGUUCCAAUUGAAUAAAUAUGACUACUUUGGUUGUGGUUUGUCAAAUACAGUUCAUAAUGCAGAUGUUGUUGCUCUGUCUAAGCUAACAUGCUUAGUGCUUCCCCGUGAGUACUUAGCACUGCUAUGGCCAAAGUCUAUAUGGAGUUCAGAAAAAUCUCCCGAGAGGUGCUCAGCUGUGGAGAAUAUAUUGCAAUUAGAACCAUUAGAGGUAGAUAUCUUCCAAGGAAUCACUCUUCCAGAUGCUCCAAGAUUUGGAAAGGUGUUUGGGGGACAGCUGGUUGGACAGGCACUAGCUGCCGCAUCAAAAUCUGUUGACUGCCUUAAGUUACUUCAUAGUUUGCAUGCGUAUUUUCUUCGUAUAGGAGACUUACACAUGCCUAUCAUAUAUCAAGUUCAUCGUCUCCGCGACGGAAAGAGCUUUGCUACACGGAAAGUGGAUGCAAUGCAAAAUGGAAAAGUCAUAUUCACUUUGCUGGCUUCAUUUCAUGGACAAGAAUCAGCCUUUGACCACCAGGAAGUAGCUAUGCCAUCUGUCCCUGUACCAGAAAUGCUUCUGCCAUUUGAAGAGCUACGGGAGAGACGUCUAACUGACCCUCGCUUGCCAAUAACUUACCGGAACAAAGUGGCUACUACUGAGUACAUCCCCUGGCCCAUAGAGAUACGAUUCUGUGAACCUAAAGUUGCAACAAAUCAGACUAAAUCUCCUCCCAGUUUGAGAUACUGGUUUCGAUCAAAGGGAAAACUUUCAGAUGAUCCGGCCUUGCAUAGGUGUGUAGCAGCAUUUGCUUCAGAUCUAAUAUUUCUUCAAGUAAGUUUGAAUCCACAUCGUGGGAAAGGUUUCAGGGCACGUGGCGUUAGUCUAGAUCAUGCAAUGUGGUUUCACCGACCCAUAAAAGCUGAUGAGUGGGUGCUAUUUGCGGUCUUCACUCCCACUGCCUACGAAGCACGCGGCUUUGUUAUAGGUCAUAUGUUCAAUCAAAAGGAAGAGCUUCUUGUAACAGUGAUUCAAGAAGGUCUAACGAGGAGAGUUGAUCCCGAAAUUUCAGCCACCAAAUCUAAGUUGUGAACUGCUAAAAAAUAAAUUUAUUAGAUCCCAAAUAGUUUUAUUUACCUCGUAGUAUGACUGGAGAGCAAAUCUGACAUUUUUAACACAUUGCUCUAGGGCCUAUUUUAGUUCAUUUUUAGGGAUCAAGUUGAGGAUGUAAUAAAACAAAAGCACAUUCGAUCCUCAACAUGCUAUGAAUUCUUUAUAAGUUUUAAAUUAUCUACAGUAUACA